AUGCAAAGAGGUAACAACAACUAUAGCAAUCGCGUCGCGGUGCAUCAGGCAUGUGCAUCAUGCAAGCAUCAAAGGAAGAGGUGCGCGGAGGAUUGUGUAUUGGCACCAUAUUUUCCGGCAGAGAGAGCACAAGAAUUUCAGGCUGUUCAUAAGGUUUUUGGAGUUAGCAACGUAGUUAAAUUAGUGAAAGGUGUGAAGGAAGAUAGGCGAGAAGAGACGGUGGAUUCGUUGGUUUGGGAGGCUGCUUGUAGGCAAAACGAUCCGGUUUUAGGUUCUUAUGGGAAGUAUAAGGAAAUUAAGGAAGAGUUUGAGUUGUUUAAAAUGCAACAUCCAUUGACAAACCAAAAUCUAAACCAAAACCUUGGGACUGCAAUGUAUAAAAAACAGUCUCCAGUGACCAUUGCAUGGAAUGGUACUAAUGGGAUAAAUGGGAUGAAUAAUAGGGGAAACGGCAUUGGAGUAGGGUUAGCUAAUAAUAACAUGGUAAAUUAUGGUCUUGAUAAUUCGAAUUUGAUUGUUGAUUCAAUCCCACAUAAUUAUCGUUGGCAAUAUGUGCAAAGUUCAGAUAAAUCAAAUCAAGAAAGAGAUGAUAGCUCCCUUCUUCUUCCAAUGCCGUCCCCGCUGCCGUAUCAGCAACAAUACUACCUUCCAGGCCAAUUUGGUCCAGUGAAUGGCAAACCAAUGGAUAACACACUCUUCAUGGGAGAAGAAGAUGAACCCUUGAGCCGAAUAUGA